GUGACAGAAGGAGGGCGGUUUGAAAGCAAAGAGGCAGUUUGAGUCAACAUGUGUGAAAUAAGAAAACAAAAUACCUGAUAAGACCGAAGUUUCUGCUCGCUGUCAGUAAGAUGCCUCAAGUGCAAAUUAUCUGAAGCUAAAUGUAGACGUGUCGUUGCCUCGUUAAAGCGUAGCUAAUGCUAGAUGAACUUGUUUAGCUCGUUAGCUAGCCGCUGCUGCUGCUACUGUUAGACCAUAUUCAACUUCAAUCUCCGUUAAAUGUUGAUUCACUGCACCACGACGUCAGGAUAAAACCUCCGAAGAUGGCGAGUGUCCAUGAAAGUUUGUAUUUCAACCCUAUGAUGACGAACGGAGUGGUCCACGCCAACGUGUUCGGUAUCAAAGACUGGGUGACUCCGUAUAAGAUCUCGGUGCUGGCGCUGCUGUAUGAGAUGACCGCGUCCAAGAUCACUCUGCCAGAGAGAAGGAGACUCAACAAGCUCAUCCUGCCCCUGCAGCAGGGUCCAGACCUGACUCUCGGCCAGUUCCUCCAGACUGUGGAGGAGUGUUGUUCUCAGACUGCAUAUGCUGUCAAACUCAGGCUGCAUGAAAUGGCAGAUGGAGAGCUGAAAGACAUGGAGUACUUCUUCUCCACUCUUCCCACUCCAUUCACUGCUUUUGAUUCGGAGGCUUAUAAAACCAGUGUUGUGGGUCUGUUUAUGAGACACAUGCUUCUGGCCUACAACAAGCUGUCUUUCAGUCAAGUGUACAAGCUGUACAGGUCCCUGCAGCACUACUAUCACAGUCACUACGCCAAGCCCACGGAUGGGCAGGUGGGUUUGCCGGCACUGGCUGCAGAUGACUCAGACAUGGACCUCACCAGCACCGAAGAUACUGUAGGGGACAGAGUGGACAAAGAGGAGAUGGACACACCACUGCAUGAGUCAGAGCUUCGAAGUGAAAAUACUCCAAGCAGAGGUCCCCUGUCACAGAAACAAGCAGAAUACUUUCUUGCCCGACAGGCUUAUCUUCUGAAGAACGAUGAGAACAAAGCCCUGAAGCCCGCUGCACUGCAGGAAGAGCUCAACAACAUGCUGAAGUUUAACCCAGAUUUCGCUGAAGCGCAUUACCUGAACUACUUGAACAGCAUGAGAGUCCAGGACAUCUUCCUGUCCGCUCACAGUCUCUUACAUUAUUUUGACCGUCUCAUCCUGUCUGGUAAUGAGGGAAAGAGCAACGGGGACGAGGGCUACGGACGAAGUCUCCGUUACGCUGCUCUUAACUUGGCAAGCCUGCACUGUCGCUUCGGCCACUAUCGCCAAGCUGAUCUGGCUCUACAGGAGGCUAUCCGGAUCGCCCAGGAGUCCAAUGAUCAUGUGUGCUUGCAGCACUGCCUGAGUUGGCUUUACACACUGGAACAGAUGAAGGGAUCUGACAGCACAGUGUUAACUGAGGAUUCAGUGAAAAUGGCCGCCCAUUUCUGCCUGCCAUACUUGGCAUCGCUGGGCAUUCAGUCUUUGGUCCAGCAGGGGGCGACACAGGGCAAGACAGCACACAAACUGAUGGAUGCUCUGAAGGACACCGACAUCCUGCACUGGAAGCACAGUCUGUCAGAGCUGAUUGAGAUCAGCCUGGCUCAGACUACGUCCAUAUGGAGGAUGUACGGGAAGAGCACCAUGGCUCUGCAGCAGGGCCAGCUGCUUCUCAACAUAAGCAGUCUGGAGCCAGUCAACUUCGGGGUCCAGCAGAACAACACCGAGGCCUUCGCUGUGGCUCUCUGCCACCUGGCUGAGCUCCAUGCUGAGCAGGGCCUGUAUAGUGCCGUCUCAGAGAUUAUCCAGCAUCUGAAAGAACAGUUUCCUCCUCACACGCAGCAUGCCAAGCUCUGGAUGCUGUGUGAUCUAAAAAUCCAGUUUGAGAGACAUAUGAACGAAGGGAAAUACCACUUAGCAGAGCCGCUAGUCACAGCUAUCUCUGCCUUAAACAAAACAGAGGGUCUUUACAGGAAAGCCCAAGUUCUGAAGGCUCUCAACCGCAGCACUGAGGCAUACAGGAUCUUACAGCAGCUGCAGGUUCACUGUGAGAAGACUAAAUGUACUGAGAUGGUGAUCAGAGUGAUGCUGUCCACUGCUGAGCUGCACUGGGAGUCGUCUGGCUUCUCCACAGCUCUUCCUCUCCUCCUGCAGGCCUUGGCUCUGGCUAGACAGCACCACCUACAGUCCCUGGCCUCAGAAGCCAUCCUUCAUUUGGCCUUCACUCAGCUGAUGUUGGGAGUUCCUGAGCAGGCUCUGACUGUUCUGCACGAAGCCAUCGAGCCUGUCCUGGCUCACGGAGCAGUCAUGGACAAAGGCCGCACCAUGCUGCUGGCAGCUCGCUGUCAGAUGGCAGUGGCUGGGUUCAGGCCAAACAGACAAGGGCAAGCAGAUUUACGGUUGGCAGUUUUGGCCGUUGACACCCUUAAUGAGGCCGCAGCCUAUUUCUCCAAGCUGAACUGUAAGGAGCGGCUGCGGGACGUCCACUACCUGCAGGCUCAGCUCCACCACGCUUUGGGACAAACCUUGCAGCGCAACAAAAGUGCCAUGCUCUUCCGGCUGCUGGACCAGGAGCUGCAGUCACCAGCACCGCCAGUCUCCAUGCAACUCUGACUGCUCCCUCUUCUCAAAAGGACACACGUCUUCAAAAAGCUGAGUUAAUGCGCUGCCCCCUCACCACUAGAUGAUGGUCAGACUCUGUCCUGCUUCUCUCAGCACUAAGACAUUUCAUUUAGAAGCAUUUUGAACUAGAGGUAAGUCUUGACCUCUUUGCACACAGCACCAGGAUUAUAAUUAAACAGAACAAUGUGCGCAGUCAUAAAUAAAGAUGAGUUUCCAGCAGA